GGCGGGGCCGCCGCAGCCGCGGGAGCCGCCGAGAGCGGGAUGGGUCCGGCCGGGCUGCGCCGCGCCCGCGGACUUGCAACAAGAAUCCCUGUUGCUUUGAGAAGCACAAUGACCAUCUCACAGCUCUGUUUGGAGGAAAGGGCAUAGAAGGUCUGCUGCCACUGCACUCUCCCGAGGUGUGUGGUAAAAAUGGUGCAGAAAUACCAGUCCCCAGUUCGAGUCUACAAAUACCCUUUUGAGCUCGUCAUGGCAGCCUACGAGAAACGCUUUCCUACGUGCCCAGAGAUCCCAGUGUUCCUGGGGAGUGAAAUCCUGCACGAAUCCAGGAGUGAGGACGGAGCCAUCCACGUCAUCGAGCGCAGCUGCAAGCUGAACGUGGACGCUCCCAGGCUGCUGAAGAAGAUUGCAGGGGUGGAGCACGUGUUCUUCAUCCAGAGGAACACGGUGAACUGGAGGGAGCGAACGCUGCGCAUCGAGGCCCACAACGAGACCUUUGCCAACAGGGUGGUGGUCAGGGAGACCUGCAGCUACUCAGUUCACCCUGAGAACGAGGACUGGACCUGCUUUGAGCAGUCAGCCUCCCUUGACAUCAAAUCCUUUUUUGGCUUUGAAAGCACCGUGGAGAAAAUUGCCAUGAAGCAGUACACCUCCAACAUCAAACGGGGCAAGGAGGUGAUCGAGCACUACCUGAAGGAGCUGAUCUCGCAGGGGAUCACGUUCAUCCCUCGCUGGAGCCCUCCCGCGGCGGAGGAGGAGCAAACCCCGGCGCUGGCACGGGCCCCCGGUGCCACCCCGCAGGAAUCCGGGGCUGCUGGCACCAGCAGGGACCCUCCUGGCAGCCCCUGCCCGCCCCCGGAGCCUGCCAGCCCCGACGGUGACAAACUGGACUCUGACUACAUCGAGCGCUACCUGGGCCAGCUGACCCCGCUGCAGGAGAGCUGCCUGAUCCGCCUGCGCCAGUGGCUCCAGGAGACCCACAAGGGAAAGAUCCCCAAGGAUGAGCACAUCCUGCGGUUCCUGCGCGCCCGCGACUUCAACAUCGACAAAGCGCGGGAGAUGCUGUGCCAGUCGCUGGCCUGGCGCAAGCAGUACCAGGUGGAUCUCAUCCUGCAGUCCUGGAGACCCCCAGCCCUGCUGCAGGAGUACUACACUGGGGGCUGGCACUACCAGGACAAAGAUGGGCGGCCGCUCUACAUCCUCCGCCUCGGGCAGAUGGACACCAAGGGUUUGGUGAAGGCCCUGGGAGAGGAGUCCCUGCUGCGACACGUUCUGUCCAUUAAUGAGGAGGGACAGAAGAGAUGUGAGGAAAACACCAACAUCUUCGGCCGCCCCAUCACAUCCUGGACAUGCCUGGUGGACUUGGAAGGGCUCAAUAUGAGGCACCUCUGGCGGCCUGGGGUGAAGGCCCUGCUCAGGAUCAUCGAGGUGGUGGAGGACAACUACCCUGAGACCCUGGGGAGGCUCCUGAUUGUGAGGGCACCACGGGUCUUCCCUGUGCUCUGGACCCUGGUCAGUCCCUUUAUCAAUGAGAACACAAGGCAGAAGUUCCUCAUCUACAGUGGCAAUAACUACCAGGGCUCAGGAGGGCUGGUGGACUAUGUGGACAAGGAUGUGAUCCCAGACUUCCUGGGAGGAGACUGCAUGUGCACUGUCUCAGAGGGGGGACUUGUCCCCAAGUCCCUGUACCAGAGCGAGGACGAGCCGGAGAACUCGGAUCACAUCCGGCUGUGGACAGAAACCAUCUACCACUCUGCCAGUGUCCUCAGAGGAGCCCCACACGAGAUACUCGUGGAGAUCCUGGAGGGGGAAUCUGUCAUCACCUGGGACUUUGACAUCCUGAAGGGAGAUGUGGUGUUCAGCCUCUUCCACUCCAAACGAGCUCCUGAGCCAAGUCACAAAGAAGCCACAGCACCAAGUCCCUGUGGUGCAGGGGACAAUGUGCAGCUCAUUGACAAGAGCUGGGUGCUGGGGGUGGAUUACAGCAGGGUGGAGUCUCCCCUGGUCUGCAGGGAAGGAGAGAGCAUCCAGGGCUCCCAUGUCACUCGCUGGCCUGGCUUCUACAUCCUGCAGUGGAGGAUGCACGGGCCCCUGCCCUGCUCCAGCUCCAGCCUGCCCCGUGUGGACGAUGUCCUGGCCUCCCUGCAGGGCUCCAGCCACAAGUGCAAGCUCAUCUACUACUACGAGGUGCUGGCCUCCAAGGACUUCAGGGGAUCCAUGUCCAGCCUGGAAUCCUGCACCAGUGGCUUUUCCCAGCUGAGUGGAGUCACCACAUCUUCCAGCCAGUCCCAGAGCAGCUCCCACCUCUCCAGAUAGCAGAGCCAGGGCUGCAGCACCAGGGGCACCCAAACCAAAGAGCUCCAGGGCUGAGCCGUGGGGCAGCCACAGCCAUUUGGACACAGAGACGCCUCUGGGGGCUGCUUCAACCACAAAAACUGAAAUUCUAAGGGCAGGUUUGGGGGUUUGAGGUCAGCUGCCUGCUCCUCAGUAGCCUCCCUCACCACCUGUGGGUUCUGGGUGCCUGUGAGUUUGCAGGAACCCACUCCACUCCAAAGGGCUCUUUUCAGUUCUUUCCCCCAGAGGAGGCUGAUGUUGCCUUACCUGCUGCACCUUGAGGGAAUUCCUGGGUGGCAAAACAAGGGAAUGUCCUGGAUGCCCACAGGGUUCUGCUUCCACACUGGGCAGUCAGGGGGGCAUUCCAGGGGCAGGGCCUUGGCAGGGCCUCCCAACACCUGGGUACAGGCAGCAUGCUUCAGAAAUCACUUCCAGGCCAAACCAAAAACUCUCCUGGUCUGGCAGGAUGCUCUGGGAAAUGUGUUGGAUUUUUUUUAACCCUGCUGAGAAACAAAGUCAAAAGGUUUUGGUUUUGUUUUUUUUUUUUUAGAAAUUCCAGGCAUUGAAUCUGCCUGCAGUGAGUGGCAUCUUCCAAACUAUUGUUUCUUUUUACUCAGGUUUACAGCAAUAAUGAGUAGGUCUGUCCCAUUCCCAAGUGGAUGGAAACUGAAUCCAGUCCUAAAGGGCUAAGAAAAGCAAUAUUUGAUUUCCUGAAGGCACAAGAUUUUCUGGCAGUAUUACAGAACUUGCUUCUUCUAAACAUGAGCUCACUUGAACCAUUCAGAGAGGCAUGUAUGUAUGUAAGCACUUACUGAAGCCUAUUUAUUCUAUACUAGCUUAUUUUAAAUUAAUUUUUAACUUAUUAUGUCAGAAAUGACUAUUUAUUAAAUACAGUCACCUUUUUUUAAUGGGAUGAACUUUGUUUUAGAAAGGAAUAACUGAUUGUCUUCAAUCCCAAGCAAUCUUUCUGCUUGGGUCCUGAUCUUUGUGAUCAAUGGAUGUUCUUGCAAAAGGGCUGCAUUGGGGUAAGGGCUUGUGUCACCUUUCUUGCAAGGAUAGGUGAGAGUCCCGUGCUUUUUUAGACUGUUUUUUAGGAUUAAGAAACAAGGAUUGAGUUCAGGAGUUGUCAUGAAGAUGCACUGUCUUCCUACACACCAAAAAUGCCACGUUUGUCCCUAAUCUCUGAUUGUUCCUCUACUCAGGUUGGGGAGCAAAGUUAUCCAUGUUCUUGUCCAGGUGAAAAAAUAAUGAGAGCAGGUGUCAAAUACUCACCAAGUUUUUAUUCAGGAAUCUGUGAAGUUGUUCCUUCCCACCCUGUUUUUUUUUAAAUCACUGGUUUUGAAGCACCAGGCUCUGCCAAAUGAGAAAAGAGCCAAAAUAUUUGGGACAAUGGGAGACAAAGAACUUGACAUGGGUUUUUUUAAGGAUUGGAGCCAAGGGAAUCACUCUGCACCUUGCAUCUCUCCCUGUGAACAGGUAACUUUGUUAUGUAGAGCUCAGGAAAGUUCUCAUUUCCAAUUCUCAGUUGUUGCAUGGACUUUCAUGUUUCUCCCAGACAAAUGAAAUUUCUGUCUCUGGCAUUUCAGCAUAACUGGAGUCUGAUAAAGAUGGACAAAUGUAAAUGUAAUUCCUACAUUUCCUCUGGAAAGUCAGGAAUUCUGGAAGCAAAAGUGCAUGUGUGUAUCCCUCAUGGAAAAUCCUUGACCCAGAAUAAAAUCUAAUUUAGAAACA